GCUUUGGGCGAAAGCCUCGCCACGAACUACAAUAUCCGGCGUCCCUUGCGGUCGACCCGUGCUCCUUCGCGCGUGCUUUGUCGCGUCGGCGGGAAAAGGUGCAAAAAUGGCGGAAGACGGGAAUAUCAGGAAAAGACUCAGGAGUUUCAAUACCCCAAACACAGCACAACUAGAUCAGGUUGUAUCCUCAUCUAAAAAGAAACGUACCAGACAUCAGAAGGAUGUGGAAUCUGAAUGUACUACAAAGCCAAAAGUAUCCCCACAAAGGAGGAGCCUUCGUAUCCAGGGCAGUGGCAGGCUAAGCGGUGAUUUGUGUACAGAUGGCAGCUUUCUAUCCCAAAAACAUGAUGUGAAUCCAAGCCCUCAAACUAUCAAGGAACCCCUCAGCAGCUCAACAGAAGAACCCAAGAGCAGUCAAGUGCGAUCUCCCAAAAGACAACACAAAAAAAGCCCCCAGCCGCGAUCAAAAUCGUGGCGACGCUCCAGCUUCAAGGGUGGUAAAGGGCGGAAAUCACUGCCUCCAAUUCAGCGGGAUGUUACAGAAAUCUGUGAAGAUAUCAGCAUGGAUUUGCCUGGGGAAGAGAGGCUGGCAGAGCUGUUUCGUACUUGUCUGGAGUAUACUCUACAGAAGUUACAGCACCCAUUGGAGCGACAAGAAGGUUUCAAUCUACAAGCCUUUAAGUCAGAUGCCUGUGGAAUUUCCAAUGAUAUUAAACGAGUCAUAGAGGCAAUGAAACUGGACGGGACACUGAGAAAAUGCACUGAGGAACCAGAAGAUGUUCCUCCUACACCAGAAACAGAGACAUUGAUGAAGCAGCUGAAGAAUGACAUCUCUAGGUUAAAUGCUGAGUGUGAAUCUUGGAACCAGCUGCUGGAAACCUAUCAACAAGAGGCAGAGCGAGCAACCAAUGAAUUGGAACAAAGGAAAGUGACAGGAGCGAGGUUAGAGCCAAUCCCUGAGAUGGAGAAUUCGCAGAUGGAUGUGAUUGGAAGUAAACCAGAUUAUCAGCACAUUCUGGAUCAAGAUGUUCUGACGUUUCAGAGCAUGGAAUGCACGGUAGACCAGCUGCAGCAAACCAUGGACCUUAUUACAACAGCCAAACGGAAAUGGGAUUCUUCCCUUCAGUUCAUAUCCAAAGAACUGGCGUCCCAAGCUUUUGAAGGGCUGGAAGAACUUCCACUACAGAAAUUUCUAAUGACCAAGAAGAAGUAAUGGAGGACAAUGAUGUAUCCAUCAACAGACUGAGUGGAAACCAUCCCAGAGCCCAAGACUCAAGCACAUGGUUGGGUUCUUUAACUUUUGCUCAGGGUUUUACUUGAGAUUAAUGCUUUCUGCUGACGUUAAAGGGACUGGCACUCUUUCCCCCAGAUAUUCCUCUGGUUAGGGCUGAGGCAAGGAAUGCAGUCUGUCUGAAGUCAGUGCAGAGCAAGGAAGCAAUGGUGUGGGCCUAGAUCACUGACUGCGAGUGGAUAACACUGGGUGGUCUGACUGGGCUGGUGAAGAACAGUCAAUGUACAAUGUGCCUGGGAACCAACAACUUCAGAGCAGAGGCAGAUCCAAGAAAGGGUUGAUGCUGGUACAAUGUAAAACUGUCCCUUUUUAAUAUGGUACCAUUGUUUUUUAUUCGGCUUCCUGUAUAAUGCAGCAUAAGAUGCUGUUUUAGUCAGAAAUAUGAGUGGUGUGAACUUGCUGCAACCUAGGCUACUACAUUACAAACUGAAUGGGGGAUGUCAGGGCUCGUUACUGCAAGCACUGUCAAUCCAAUGGCUACUUGCGUCUCUCCUCAGUGGCCAGCAUUGUAUGUACACUAAGUGCCAGGGAACUAUGAAUGAAUUGGGCAUCUCCAUACUUACCGAUGAGGAAUUGCUUGAAAGCAAUCCCUGGCUGACGGAUUCAGGUAUUGAGAGGUUUGUGUGUGUGUUUAGCAUCAUUUAAAGCUAAUAGCACAUCAACAGGAAGAGUUGAUCUUUAUUGCCAGAGUGCACCCAUCUUGUUCUAAUUAUAAUUGUGUCCUGGUGACACAUUAGGAAUACUGGAUAGAUCAGGUCUCUCUGACCAAGAAAGGAUAUUCUUGUGAUUGAGGGAAUGCAGAUUGGACCUUUAUUCGCUGGAGUUCAGAAGAGCGAACAUUUUGAAAAGUACAAAAUUCUUACCAGCUGAUAAAGCAACAUGUUCAAGACAAGAGCUAAAGGUGAUGGGUCAGAGCGGGAGGCCCCAGUGGGGAGUGUGCUGUUCUGUUUAAAUUCUGCCUUGCUCCCUUCAUCCUUGCCAGGACUGUCCAAUCCACUCUUUUAACUCAGCGGAGAGAUGGACUUUGAGUCACCCAUUCCUUCUCUCCAGGGAUGCUGCCUGCCCUGCUGAGUCACUCCAGCAUUUAGUGUCUACCUUCAAUUUAAACCAGCAUCGGCAGGUCCUACAUCACUCUUUAUUUAAUACUAAUGCAAGAGUAUUUUUAGUUCUUACAUAAGAUAUCGCAUUGAGAUUUAUAUCAACUCUGAUUUGUGGCAAAAGAAACAUUUUAUUCUGUUUCAUGUUAACCAUACAAAUAAAAACGCAAUACACCUCUUCCUUAACAUGUUUUUUUUUCUCCAAAUUGCUAUUGAACUGUUAACAUGGUACAUACAUGGUUUGAAGGAAAAGUUUGCAAAGGCAUGAACCCAUUCCAGUAACUGAGAAAGGACCCAGCGUGCGUGUAGUUACAUCCUAAAAGUGUAAAAAGCAAGUUUAAUAUCUUUAAAAAAUAAAAUUUAAUACAAUAGAAUUCUAUUUAAACAGAUGUCUGGGGGCAACAAUUCUCAUUUCAGCUUAGUCCAUUUCUCACCCCCCCCCCCCAUAAAAAACACCACGGGGUGGGGGGGGGAAUAUGAAAAACAAAUUUUCAAGUGGAAGCAAUUUAUAAAAUAACAGGGCUGUCAUAUUUAUGAUCUCAAUCGAUUGCAAAAAAUACCACCCAUUCCCAAAGUCAGGAUAUACUUGGAAAACUGAACAUUGAACACUUUUCUUGCUGGUCAGUCAGUGAAAUUCCACUGAGAAAACACCUUUUGUUAAAAAUAUUACCAACUCCUUCAACCUGAUUGAAAAACAGACUAAUGUUGACACAGUAACCCUGGUAUUUAUAUCAUUAAAUCUUUUCCCCAUCCAUCUGUAUAAACAGAAAUCACUUGUAUUUCGCAUUGGGAAUUGAUGUGUGGUCGUGGAUCACAAUCACAGAUUGGACUUUUACAUUGCUUCAUUCUUACAUUGAAAUAAAAUAAUCAGGACUGUCGGACUUUUUCGGCAGACAGGUUGGAAAGGGCACGCCACUGUUAGACAUUAAUAUGAAACAUUGUAAACAGAGGGCAUGUGCAGCACACACAGUGAUUGUAGUUUGAUUUUUGUAGUCUUGUUUUAGUGGCAGACAGGCAAACAGCAUCUUGCGGCGAGGUCUAAAGUGAUCAGUGCGGAUCUGGGAGUGCCAGCUGCCCCCUCCUGUGGUUGUCGGCUGUAACAGCAGCUUGUCCAAAUGCUAUGGUGUUCGCAUUACAUCAGAAAGAUUUCCAUCCGAUUUGUACAAACCUUCUGCGUUGAAAACUACAUUGAAAACCAAUAAAAAGCUCCUCUAAUUUAAAAAUAACACGCAGAAGACUGUAUUUUAAAGGCUUCAAAGUUUUUGGGAGCGACUGGCUGUUUUUUGCUGGUCUCCCAGUAGUCCUGGAUUUCCUGUUCCUUUUCACUCCUGCACUUUUGGCAUUUUGCACACUGAGCUUCAGCAGUCUGUCCCUCAACUCAAAUCCAAAGACAGCACAGAUCACCUCGGACCAAUGCACACAGUGACGCCGGCCUAAAGCUUCGUGGGACUGAAUACAUUCAUAGCAAAACACGUAACAUUCAGGGGCAGAAAGGAGUCCUGCAGCAGACAGAAAGCUCAGCUUCCACGCAAUGUUCUUACAAAGGAGAUCGGGAAGCUUUCUGGGACAGAGCCCUGUUGAAACUUCAACCAGUCACUUCUUUACAUUUACAGUAACUGAGUCAGCGCGCUCACAGAGUAAAAAUUACCUUUGGGAUUUAGAAUUUGUACAAUAACAUCAAAUUUCAAAAGUUCAAACAUCACAACCAUCAAGACACAGAACGCCAGAAACAGAAGAUUAAAAAAGUUAGUAAAGCUGAACCACGUGUACUUUUAGUGUGAGCGUCUGAAUGUGAUGGAGAUUUUUGGUACAGGCGGUGUAGAUUUGGAUAGAUAUUAAUUGCACACAGAGGCGACUACAAAAAGGGGUUGGUUUUCAGGAACGCCACAACUCCAGGCUUGCAAAUAGAUUUAUAAAAUUCCAAUGAAAAAAACAUAAUUCCUGCAAUCCUGACAGCACUUUACCUAAAGAGAACUUUUCCAACAUUUCAAACAGUUAUCGGUAUGGUAGACCUCUAUGUCCCAAUUGAAAGAAAUGUUUGGCUCCUGCUGUUAACUCUGACGUGUUGGGGCUUUAUCAUUCCAAUAAAUGUCCAUAGUUCUCCCUUCCCACCCCUCACUGGAAACAAAAGGCCCUAGUUGGUACCAGGGCUCCAGAAAAGCAGGUUUUUGAUAAAGCAUAACUAAGGAAUGGAAUUACAGAUUACAUAAGGUCACAAUAAGUAACAAAAUCCAUUCUUUUAUUUUUCAUUGUUAUUCUCCGUUUUAAGAAAACAUGAAUUAAAGGACUUUGGCCAUUGUUAACAUUCACACUGUGCAGAACAGCAACAGCUGUCAGCAGGUACAAUGUCACCUCACUGCAUCCACACUAUCACACAGGCAAGUGCAGACUAGUUUAAGUCAGUCCAGUCACCAACAGAGACCUUCCACACAGCAACUGAGGUCGUUCCUUAAAUUAUUUUGCACAAUGAUUUAUAUUUAUACUAUAGCAGUCCAUUUUGCUGAGACAGUGUCUGUACAUGUUAUUGAAACACCUGUUUCAAAUACAUUGGUGCUACUGGUGAAACAUCCUUCAUCCCACUGUAGCCAAGCUUGAAGAUGAAAUGAUCCAAGGUCAGCCCUGAGAAAUAUUGUGUUUUCUAGCCAGAUUCUGAGCUGAUCUCUUAAAACUAGUACUAAUAUCUAGUCGGACACUAAGACUAACACGUCA